GCCACAUGUGUUUCCUUACGUCAAUGGCUGUUUAUCAUACACAUGCAUUACAGUAGCUGCGUACAGCCGGGAAACAGCAGAUGUCGACAUGGCUAGCAGACGUUACAUCUAGAGUCUGUCCAAUUACCAAAACUAUGAUUGGGAAGUUAGCCAAGAGAGUGAACACAAGAUGGUAGGGAGAGGGAUUGAUAUACUAUCUCAGCCCUACCUAACAAGACAUGUUGGAACAUAACACAAAGUACCUGUGCCCACGCCUGGUGGAUUACAUCAUCGUUGUGGGCAGCAGGCAUCCUAACCAUAACAACAAUGUAGCACAAACCCCCGAACUUCUACGACGAUACCCACUGGAGGAUCACCACGACUUUCCUCUACCACCUGACAUCAUAUUCUUCUGUCAACCAGAAGGCUGUAUAAGCGUAGGGCCAAAACGUAUGAGUCUAAGAGAGACAACGUCAUUUGUAUUUACACUUACGGAAAAAGACUCUGGAUUAGUUAGGUAUGGUAUCUGUGUAAAUUUUUUUCGACCGAUAGAAAAGAAAUAUUCAGAAAAAUCAAAGUCUGAACGUUUUUAUGGAGGAAAUGCUGAUGGAAAUACGUUAGGUAUUGGCAUCGAGUCAGAUGGCCGACAGAGGUCACCAAGAACUAGUCGCAGACUCAAAACAGCGGGACGAGUACGAAACAAUACUCUUACUUCACUAUGCAUCGUCAGUCAUCAUCCUUUCUUUUCAACAUUCCGAGAAUGCAUGUUUAUAUUAAGAAAGCUCAUAGAUUCAUGUCAUGACAGAAGUUGUACAAAAAGAAUUGGUGGAUCCAGAGGCUCUUCAAGAGACACAGUAUGGGGUGUGCUGACAGGACAAGGUACAGACAACAUUACAGGACUGGUGAUGCACGAGGUUAAAGAGAUCGAAACUUGGAUCCUACGACUGCUUAGUGCACCUGUACCGGUACCAGGCAAGACACGGGUAGAGGUACAGGUGUUACCCAAGGAUUUACAGCCCCCGUUGUUGUUCGCCCUGCCAGACCACACCCGGUUCUCCCUCAUCGAUUUCCCCCUCCAUUUACCCCUGGAGCUCCUCGGUGUAGACACCUGCCUUAAAGUCCUGGCCGCCAUCAUGCUGGAGUACAAGGUGGUGAUGCAGUCCCGGGACUACAAUGCCCUGUCUAUGAGUGUGAUGGCCUUUGUGACCAUGCUCUACCCCAUGGAAUACAUGUUUCCAGUGAUCCCACUUCUACCUACAUGUAUGUCUUCUGCUGAGCAGUUGCUGCUGGCCCCCACACCCUAUAUCAUUGGAGUUCCUGCCAGUUUCCUACCCUACAAGAAUGGUUUUAAGGUACCUGACGAUGUAUGGCUGGUAGACCUCGACUCCAAUAAGAUGACGAUGGGGAAGCUUGAAGACAUCCCACCAUUUCCUGAGCCAGAGGGUACCAUGCUGAAAAACCAUCUCAGACAGGCACUGGCAAGUAUGAGUAUGACGCCCCAGCCAAUCAAAAACUUGGAUGCCCUCGCUCAGAACCCAGACACCAUGAAGAGGCGAGAAAGUUUCUCAUCGCAGACAGGAUUCAAUCCACUGAUAUAUGGAAACGAUGUUGAUUCUGUUGAUGUGGCGACACGCGUGGCAAUGAUCAGGUUCUUCAAUUCCGCAAAUACGCUGGGCAAUUUCACAGAGCACACAAGAACGCUGAGACUUUACCCUCGACCAGUGGUGGCCUUUCAGAUGUACAGCUUCCUUAAGUCUCGACCGGCAAGAACCCACUUCACCGCUAGGCUAGCACGAUCACAGGCUGUUGAGUACUAUGCAGAAUGGUCACUAUGUCCAAAGAAUGUGGUAUUCCUACGUGUACAGACAUCAGUAUUUGACCCCCUCCUGAUUGGGGACAAGCCCAAAUGGUACGCCCACCAGCUUCAGAGCCUGGAGUUCAAAGUGUAUGAUGACAACUCAUCACUUGCUGCAGCAGUCACUUCCUCCAUGGAUCUCAUUAGUGACGACAACCCUACAGAUGAGAGUGGCAGUGACAGCGAUGGAGCGGAGAGUACCAGUUCGUCCUACUCCUCACUCAGUGAUUUCGUCACAGAUAUGGUCAACAGUGAGAUUGAUGGAGACACCCUCUGUUUUGUACCGGAGAAUCAGGUUUUGUCAGUGGACGAGUCCAAGGUUUACACACCACCAAACAAACUCCAUCUGCCGGACACCCCGGUCACCACCAGUGAUUCCGCAUUCUCCAUGCAGGAAAGUGACCUGAGCAGCUCCGAGUCGUCCAGUCCCACGUACAGCAGGGAGGUUCCAGGCUCCGAGAGGCUCUCUCAUGUACUCGAUAAUGGGGUCAGUCACGUGUCAGAACCGGUCCCUCAGGUCGAUAACAAGGUUGCUCAAGAUUUCUUUAAGUAUGAUUCAGGGAAUGUAACCCCUACAAGUAGAUGUGUGGUCGGUCGUUCAGACAGUGUUGGAUCAGCCAACAGUACACCAGAGUUACCAAAGCGACCAUCGCUUCAACCUCUAUCUCGCAGCAUCAACUCUGCAUUUGAAGCAUAUGAGAAAGCAUCAUUGAUGGACAAGAACAACCUACCACUAGGUGUGGAGGGUAAGGGGGCACCCAACGGAGGAUCUCAGCCUCGCCCUCCCAAUGUCCAGGGGCUGCAGACACGGCAUGUUAGUCCCGGCUUCAAGACAAUACCUACAGACAAGGACAACCAAUCAGAUCGCGCCUCAACACCUUCCUCUCUCAUCUCAACCAUCAGUAACGAGCUCAACGACAUGGCACAGUCUGCCUCCAACACUAUGUCCGAACUCUUUGAAUCAGAUCAAGAAGCGUCGGAUUCUGAUGAUGACAGAGAAAUAGAACAGCGAUCAGACCCGGGCUCAACCAGGAGUCCACAAUCCCACCAUCAGAAGCCUACCAAACCAUUUGCUCCACUAGGAAAUCGUAAGGCUCUGGUGGAAAAAUCUGGCCUUGUAAAGCAUGCUACACCCCGCAAACAGAAGGAUUCAACUAAACAGACAAGCUCCUCGGACUCACGAGGUGCAUCCAAUAGUGAGAAUCAACAGUUCCUCAAAGACAUUGUUACCAAUGUACUUGAUGGACAGGGAGUGAGCUGGCUCAAACUAGGACGCAUAAGACGACUCAUGGAGGAUGAAAACUAUCGCAACUUCAUGGUCAGCCGUCUGAACAAAAACCUGGACAAAAAACUAAAUGAUGAUACACAGCACUUGGAGGAUGCAUCAAUGACAAAGCAGGUGUUCAAGGGCAUGAUGACCUUGAUGAAGGCUAUUGUACACGGGCUGGAGCACACUUACCAGAACCAUGGAAUAGGAGGCAUGGCCAGUGCGUUUAUGGUGCUGGAGAUUGCUCACACGCACUACUGGGCCAAGGAGAUCAUUCAAGGGACGGGUAGCAGUAACCGUAGCGACACCAGUGUCACCCCCGAGAUCAACUCUCCCUAUGGCAGUCACGAGAGUUUGUCAUCACGCAGCGAAGGUUCUCCUCAGAAGUCAGAGUCCCACAGUCUGCACGAAGAACACAUGGUUGCUGCCCUUGGCUCUCACCGUGCUGGUUUAUUGCCCGCUGUAGGUCACACAUGUCCCGGCUGGACCCGGGCGGAGCGGCCUGUACCUACCCAUUAUUCUGAUCACUCCACUUCUAGUAAUAGCACAGGAUCAGGGUCUCCGGUACUAGUGAACGGUGAAGAGUUUGAGAACAUUGAGAUCCAGUCAAUGUCUUUACACCAAGGAAGUGUUGAUGCUGGUCACGCUACGGUGAUCACAACAGGAAGACAUCCACUACAGGUUGACCAGAACCAAAACACUGCCAAGUCCAACACCCCAAACAAGUGUGACAUCAUCAUUACGUCAGGAACUGGUCCGAGCUCCGAGUCGGUCAUGUCCUCAAACUCCGAGGUGAUGCACCAAAUGGUGAAAAACAAAGACUUGUUUGCAGAUAAUGGCGGGAAACGUUUCAGUGUGGACUCGGAAAACUCAGAGGCAAGUACCCUGAUGUCUAGCAGCUCAGAAACAGUGGGGGAGGAUGAAGGGCAGAGGAAAAAACGGAUAAACCAUCACUCAAUCAGGAGCACAUUGUCAGAUAGCGAAAUGGAAAUGUCAGGGAUGGUGAACUACACCAAGAGAACACGAUCUCCCAGUACCUUCAGUAACAAGAGCAGUCUGAGUUCUGGGCACCGCUAUCCUGAAGGCAAGAUGUUGAGUACAUCUCCGCUACCCCUCAGUCCUGAGACUUCACGCAUGUACCUGUACGAGGGACUCGUCACCAAGGACAGGUCUCGACUUUGGGACCAGAUGCAGUUCUGGGAGGAUGUCUACCUUGAUGCUGUGGCCCAGGAGAGGGACAUCAUUGGCAUGGACCAGGGACCAGGGGAGAUGAUGGAGAGGUAUAACUCCCUAGGGGACAGUGAAAAGAAGAGACUGGAACAGGAUGAAGACCGCCUCCUGUCCACCAUGUUGUAUAACCUGGCCAGCUUUAUGGUCAUGAUGCGCUGUAACAAGCAAGAACUGAGGAAGAAGGUGCGCCGUCUACUGGGGAAGUCUCACAUAGGACUGGUCUACAGCCAGGAUGUCCAUACCGUCCUAGACCUGGCGAUGACAAUGCACGGGAAUGAAAUAUCCCUGAAGCCAAUGGGAAGUCGAUUUAUGCAGAAACAGUCUUUCACUGUUCACUGGGGAAGUGAUAAUUCGGGUGAUAUGCUCUUCAUGGAGGUAUGUGAUGACUGUAUUAUACUGCGGAGUGUGAUGGGGGCCAUCUGUGACAGAUGGUGGUACGAGAAACUCGUCAAUAUGACAUACUGUCCAAAAACCAAGGUCCUGUGUCUGUGGCGCAAACAUGGCGAAAAGGUCCAGCUCAACCAGUUCUACACGAAAAAGUGUCGAGAGCUUUAUUUCUGUGUCAAAGAAGCGAUGGAGAAGGCUGCUGCAAGAAAUAAUGGAAAAAUUGCAGGCCCAGAAUUGGGAGGAGAAUUUCCUGUGCAGGAUUUGAAAUCUGGCCAGGGUGGCCUACUGCAAGUAUGCAUGGAGGGGAUUGGCCUCCUUUUGGCCAAUAGCAAGUCAUUUAUUGAGCUAGGUCGAAUCAAGAAAUGUUUCACGCAGAAAGGCGGCAUAUUUGUUCUAGAGGAAUUUGAUACCAAAAAUCGGCAAGUAACGUUACACAAGUUCAAGUCCAGAAUGGCUGACCAAAUCUGCUAUGCAGUCCUGUGUGUGUUUUCCUAUGUUGCUGCUGGAAUGGAUCAACAACAACCGCAAACCUCGUUGUUCCCUAUACAGCAGAGAAAACAGACCUGAUCGACCAAUCAAACCCAAGCUUUAACCCGUACUCAGUAUUUCAAUUGCUCACGUUAUUUAGACCAGUAUUUGGUCGAAUUGUUUGAAAACGAUGUUUGUCAUACACUGAAACGAUUUCCUUCCAUUGACAGAGGACUAUUUUUCCUCCGUCCUUAUCGAAAAAAUAUCAUCAUACAUAUUUUAAGCGGUGAAAAGGGUAAUAUUCUACUGGAUAUACAUGUACAUCGUGAUACGUACCAAAGAUGAAUAUCUAUAUUUCGUUGCAUAUUUAAAUCUUUAUAUGAAAUAUUUUUCUUAUACAAUGCAUUUAGAUUCUAUUGGUAGAAUUACAUUUCAUGAUUUUUAUGUGAAUAUAACAAUACUGCUGUUUUAAAGCCAAACAAAUCCAAAUUGAUAAGGCAAAUAAUCCAUAGUUUAAGAAGAAAAAUAUUAUGAGAUAAAUACCAAGCAUUUAAAAUGUAAAAGUAUCUACGUCAGUAUGGUGCAGCUGUAUAUUAUGUAUGAUGAUAUUCGAUUUAUUGAUAUGCUUUAUAAAUAAAAUGGUUAAUUUGUAAAGAAAUAUAUAAUAUAUAAAAAAAAAUAUUUUUAUAUUUCAAAGA